AGGGGUGAGGCGGCCCAGGCGCCCCAAGGCGAGUUCGAAGCAGUCGUCGCGAUGUGGCCACGUCGGCUCAAAGCAGCGAUGGAGCUCGCCAACAGGCCGACAGAUUUAGCGCCAUUGCGUUAACGAACAUCUACGAGACACAGGGACGUGGCGGCGGCGGUGGCGGGGCGACGGCGGCGGCGGCCAGGGAAGGGAAAGACGAAAGUUGGACCGACCGCAGUGCGGCACUCCGCCGGCGGAGGGGCACCUCGCCCGGCGCCCUGAUUCAGGCAAGGCCCUAGGGGCCCGAACGCAGCUAGGCCGCGAGGGCGGUCCAAAAAAAAAAAAAAAUUUGGACACAAAUUUCUUUGCGUUUUGAGGCGAUUGAACAAAAAUAACGCAGACUCAGUCGUGAGCAUUCGUCGCCAACAACUGAGAGCAAGCCCGGCGCGAUGGAGUCGGCGAAGGUGAAGCUUCCUCGUCGCAAAUGGGAGGUGUUCCCGGGAAGAAACAGAUUUUGCUGCAAUGGGCGCAUCAUGAUGGCAAGGCAGUCGGGCGUUUUCUACCUGACUCUGGCUCUCAUCACCAUCACCAGCGGCCUCUUCUUCGCCUUUGAUUGCCCGUUCCUGGCGGAGAACCUGAACCCCGCGGUGCCGGCGGUCGGCGCGGCCCUCUUCAUCUUCGUCAUGUGCAGCCUCCUGCGCACGAGCUUCAGCGACCCCGGCGUCCUGCCCCGAGCGGCCGCAGACGAAGCGGCCGACCUGGAGAAGCAGAUCCUCGGCUCGGACGAGGUGGCGAACGGCGGCAACGCAAACAACUACCGGCCGCCCCCGCGCAUGAAGGAGGUGAAAAUCAACGGGCAGAACGUGAAGCUCAAGUACUGCCUCACGUGCAAGAUAUUCCGCCCGCCGCGAGCCUCCCACUGUAGCCUCUGCGACAACUGCGUGGAGCACUUCGACCACCACUGCCCCUGGGUGGGCAACUGCGUCGGCAAGAGGAACUACAGAUUCUUCUACAUGUUCGUCCUCUCCCUGUCGCUCCUCACCGUCUACAUCUUCGCGUUCAUCAUCGUGCACAUAGCCCUGCUGUCUCAACGUGACGGCUUUCUGAACGCCCUCAAGGACAGCCCUGCGAGUGUGCUGGAAGCGGUCGUCUGUUUCUUCUCCGUGUGGUCGAUCAUCGGACUGUCGGGGUUCCACACCUACCUGGUGGCCUCUAACCAGACCACCAACGAGGACAUCAAGGGUUCGUGGUCGAGCAAGCGAGGGAAGGAUGUCUACAACCCGUUCAGCCACGGCAACGUCUUCUCCAACUGCUGCGCCGUGCUGUGCGGCCCCCUGCCUCCCAGCUUAAUUGACCGGCGAGGAGAGAUCGAGGAAGACGCCUUGAAGACGGUCGCCGUUCACAACGGCCUCAACACCUCGGGCUCCUCGAGCUCCCAGCCUAUGUGCGACCAAGACCAGUGCCUCCAGAACAGCAAGCUGAUGUUCCAGGCGGCCGCCACUCCGCUGCUGCAGAUGGACCACAAGGGGGCCGCGCCGGGCGCCGGCGGCAAGGGAAGCGGCGGCGGCGCCGUCAGGGAGCCGCGCCGCCGCGCUUCCUCGGCGGGCCGCGCCCCCGCGGGGCUGGCGCUCUGCGCCACCGUGGGCUCCAUGGAGGAGGAAAUGGCCUACGCGCCCGCGGGCGCCGGAAACCCGGCCGAUGCCGCGCCGGCCUCGGCCGCCCCGCCCGCCCCAUCUGACCCCGCUGCGGCCGCGGCGUCGGCGGCAGGGGGGGCCGACCCGGCGAGGAAGCCGGGGGGGGAGGCGGGUAGCGAGCGCCGGCGCGGGGAGCCGGGCCCCGGCGACGGCGCGUCCGGCCCGCCGGCGUCGCGGAAGGCCGAGCGGCCGGCGAGGACGGCGUCGCGCCGCCUGCGCCUCGAGGAGUCGAUGAAGUUCCCGAUGAUCGACGACGACGACGAGGAGGAGGAGGACGGGGAGGACGGCGACCACACGGUGCACACCCUCAACCCGGCGACACACGAGAUGCUGCAGGAGGUGUCCGCCCGUGGGCUCGUCAAGCUCAGCUCGGUGUGA